AUGACACAAGAUAAUUCGGAACGAACGAAUCCACCCGAGACGUGGAAGGGCCAUCGCGCCUGUUUUGAAUGCAGACGAACUGGCCAAUCCUGCACAUUUCCGACAAAGCGAAAGACGCCGCAACGACGUCGCCAGGAGAGUCAGACUGAUUCACAGAAGCUUGAGCGUCUCGUCAGUCUGCUUGAGUCACGGCUGAGCGAUGGGCAGGAUAUCGACAUGCUGUUGUCGCAGACAAAGCAACUUCCGAAAGUCAACGACAUACACACACCAAACUCUCUCGACAGAGAACAGGACCAGCCUAUGAGAGACGACAGUAACGAUGAAUCGCAAUCAGAAAUCAUCGUUUUUGGUACAAGCAUCACGGCCGAAGAUUCAACCUCUCCAGCUUCGACUUUCCGCUCAACAGAAGCAGACGUACCUACCUGGUUGGGGAUACCCGUGCCUGUAUUGACCGACCUUGUGCACAUAUUCUUCUCCAAGACCCAAGGAUGGCUUCCGCUUCUUCAUAAGCCGCGAUUCUUUGCCCGAUUUAUGAAGAACGGCGUAUUUGAUGACAGAAAGCACUCCAACACUGAAGCAUUGCUGCUCUGCGGCAUGUUUGCUCUAUCAGCCAGGCAUUCAUCAAACCCCUGGUUUCAUAGCAUUCCGGCACCAGAUCGUGGACAGGCCUUUAUGGAAAAAGCCAAUGCAUAUUACGAAAAGUGCCAAUCCGACCAAGCACCAAGUCUCGAAUAUCUACAAGGCUGCAUCUUGCUAGCUGCCUACGAAUAUGCUUCCGGCCCAUCACACCGGGCCUGGAUCCUUGCGGGCGUUUGUGUCCGGCUAGCCUAUGACCUGAACUUGUGUAGUAUGGAUGAACAGGAUGAAUCAAGCGAUUGGUCGAUUCUGGAAGAGCAACGUCGUGCGUUUUGGAUCACCUGGGAACUCGACACCUUUGGCUCCCUCAUGUCAAGACGGCCAAGUUCGAUCAACAGGUCAAUGGUGAUGGUUAAGCUUCCGGUUAGUGACGAGGCUUGGUUUGCAGACCGACCCGUCGAGUCACCUAUUGUCGACCCAAGACCCAGUGAGGUCUGGAAACUCCUUCUAUACUCUCCGAAUCAGGACCCACGAGCAUGGUUCCUCAUAGCUAAUAUUCUCUUGAGUGUCGCAAGUGAAUUUGCAGCGGGUCGAUUCACUUGUCAGAGAGAUAAGGAGGAGCUCAUAGAUGCUAUUACAUGCUUUUCACUUGCCAUGUCGCAGCGAUUCAAUCUGGAGACACUGGAGCGAGAGAUAUCUUCAGACGAUGCGGCAAGACAUAACUGGAUUAUUGGCAUGCAUCUCAUGUUGACUUGCACCCGCACGACCAUACAAGCCACAUUCAAACCUGAGAAUCCAGAGACAUUACGUUCGCCUCGUCAUUUAUCUCGGAUAUUCUAUCAUUGGUAUCCGGACUAUAUCCCUCUAUGCCAGCCUUUCCUGGCAUGCUGUCUGUUAUCAGACCGAGCAUACCCGUCAAAGGAUAUGACUGAUGCUUCAUAUACCGGAUACCAUAAUAGUGAGCUGGUUAGUCUGGUCUUGUCGCAGUAUGCCACUGUAUGGAAUCUUGCCUCCAUUAUAAUAAGGACAGAUCUGAAGGCUUCCUUGAUGCGCCGUGAUAAGGAUAACUCAUUUGAGCAGCGAUUUGCAUUAUUCUUCCCUUCACGGGUUCCCAAUAAUCGGAAAGAUGACCAGCCCACCAUGGGUGAAGGGCUCGAUGUAGAGGAACUGGGAAGUGAGAACAUAUCAGCAGAGAGCAGUUCUGGUGACAGCGAGCUGCAGCAACUUCUUCAGCCGACGGAACUGGGAGAUGCAGAGACUUUGAUGACAGAACUUGCCACACUGGCUGGGAGAGGCCUGCCCAGAUACGUGCCAGGAGACACUCAACCAGACUGGAAUAGUGGGCUUUCUCUGAAUUUUCUUGACGACGAUCAUCAGCAUCUCAACUACCUACAGUUGUAA